CACUAUUUUUGCCCCCAGGAAAUUGCAGAAUAUCACAAUUUAUUGCACGAGGUCUCCAUCAGCGUCGAAGACCUGAAAGCUGACGGCUUUAGCCAAGAUCCUUUCUUCAAAUGUCUCAUGGCUGAGCUGCCCCCCGAAAACCCCUCCAAGCCAGGGCGCCCGAUCGGCUAUGUCUUGUACUACAAGGGGUACUGCGUCAACCAUGGGAAGAUGGUCUAUUUGGAAAAUAUCUACGUGGCGCCGGAAUUUCGGGAUAAAGGAAUCGGAAAACAGCUGCUGGUGAAAGUGGCAGAA